AUGUCCGAUAACAAUCGCAAGGUCCUUAUAACCGGCUGCUCUGACGGCGGUUUGGGUGCUGCCCUCGCGAUAGCCUUCCAUGAAAACGGGCUGGAGGUAUAUGCGACGGCACGAGAUGUCUCCAAAAUGACAGAAAUGGCAUCUCGAGGCAUCAAGACACUUUGCCUGGACGUACUUUCGGAAAGUUCGAUUACUAGUUGUGUCAGACAAGUGCCCGAACUUGACAUUCUAGUCAAUAACGCUGGCGGUGGUUACAAUAUGCCAGUAGCGGAUAUUUCGAUACCAGCGGCCAAAAAGCUAUUUGACCUGAAUGUGUGGUCAUGUCUUGCAGUCACACAGGCAUUUCUACCGCUGUUGCUAAAGUCUAAGGGGAUGAUUGUUAAUCACACAUCCGUCGCCUCUUUAUGUACCGUUCCAUUUCAAGCUACAUAUAACGCUUCGAAGGCUGCGAUGGCAAUCUUUUCCGAUACGCAGCGGCUAGAGCUCAAGCCGUUUGGUAUCAGAGUCGUGGACCUCAAAACCGGGUUUGUCCAAUCAAAUUUCCAGAAGAAUCAACGAAAGGAUGAAGGGGGCUUUUUGCCCGCUGGGUCAAUUUAUGAAAAGGCAAAAGGGGCUGUGGAGAGAGCGACUCGAGGUGAGCUGUUUGAGGAUUCUGGUAUGCCGUCACAAAAAUGGGCAAGCUUGGUUGUGACAGACCUUUUAAGAAGUCAACCUCCACCGAAUAUUUGGAAGGGAACUAAGGCUUGGCUAGUGCGAAUUGGAAGUGUUUUGCCAUUCGGAGUGUUGGACAAUACGGUCAAAAAAAUGACAGGGCUGGAUGAUGUCGAAAGAAUACUACAAAUGUGA